AUGAAAUUGAUCCUUGGAUUCACUUUGCUCUGGACAUCCAUUCGGCUUUCCAGGUUCCAGUGUGUCCUUGAGAAAGAAUAUUUCUGCUCUUCCAUCCCAAAUGAUUUCCCUACAGGUCUCACAUCCAUUCUAUUUGUUGUAACCAAUCUGGGGAUUCUCAACUCAACCGUCUUCAAGAGUCCAGCCUUGUCAUCAGUCACCAGCCUUGCUUUAGCUAACAGUGGCAUCAGCAGAAUUGAUCCUGGUGCAUUUCAUGCUUUCCAGGGCCUCACUAAACUUAGCCUCUAUCAGAACAGCUUAACUUAUGUGACAGCUUCUUGGCUUUCCAAACCAGCCCAACUAGAAAACCUCACCGUGGCCCAGAACCUCAUUACCAAAAUCGGAUCCGAGACAUUUGCUGGCUUCUCCAACCUGACAACCCUGAAUAUAGCAAGCAAUAAGAUCUAUGAAAUUGCCAGUAGGAGUUUCAGAAGCUUAUCCAAGCUCACGUUACUCGACCUUUCCAGCAAUAAUUUAACCAGCUUAACAAGAAACGUGUUUGAUGGGAUGAGAAAACUGCCGGUGAUGAAACUUGGAGGCAACCCAUGGAACUGUUUCUGUGAACAUCAGGAUUUUGUAUUAUUUCUUCAAGAGCUGAUCAACAUGUCACUGCUCCAAGAUGCUACUUCUGUCAUAUGUCACAGUCCACCAAGCAUGAAAGGAAUCCAGGUCUGGAAUGUCUCCAACUUCAACUGCACACCAGAAUCCCUCUCAACAACUUUGGGGAACAGCUUCUACCAAAGUGGACUGCCAGCUGUGCUGGCUUGUUUAGCAUUUAUUUCCUUCAUCUUGCUGGUGUUCGGGAUGUGUAUGGUGAGAUAUGCCAGCAAACGCGUCCAGCCAAGCCAGGAAGCCGUGGAACCACCCACCACUACAGAACCCAAGACUCAGGUUGAUUCUGCAGAACAUCAACUAUCAGCCAAAGAGAGUGAAAACAAAGAGAUUGCUACAGCUUUGGGAAACAGAAUGCUAAAAAUCCGUGCCAAAUCUGCAUCAGCUAUUUUACUGAGAAAAGAGUUCUACCAAAGACAGCAAAAGUCCAUGGAUGAAAAUCAGGAGCAGCCAACAAUGCUCUUUCAGUCCCAGAAUGACAAAAUGCAUGUUGGAAAAGAGGACUUGCAUCAUUCUGCUGGACUGUGGAAUUAUCAGAAGCUGGAAGAGUCCAGUGGAGAAGAGCCUCAGAGCCACAUCAAGGCAAACACUGUCCUGAUGGAAGUCUGUAGAGACAUUUCAGGGACCAGAGUUUCUUCUGAAGCCUCAGACCAAAUAAUGCAAGAUAAUGGAGAUUCUACCCAUCUUGAAAAAGAAAACAUUGUUCAUCCUGAACCUUUCCUAUAUUUAAGUGUGACUACAGCACCUGAAGAACAGAUUGAGGUCAAGCCUCAAAAGGAUGUCACUUCAAAGAAUGAGACCCAUGCUUUGAAGCGAUCAUUGACAUGGCCCUUUGAAAGGAAGGUGUGGGACCAAGCACCCGAUGGGUUAAGUGUCAGGGAAUCAUUUGCAGCAUGGUUUCUGCUGCCCCCUCUUCACUGUGGCAAGGUGUUGGAAGCUGAGAAACCAGAAUUUGAUCAGGAAUGGCUACAUCUAUCUCCUAGGAAGGAGCAUCCUUUGUGCUCUGAUGGGGAACAAGAGAACAAACAUGAAGCUGAGUUAGCCAAUGAAAUGGAGCCUCCACUAUAUAAAGAAUCAAAUACAGAAUCUACUGCUAAGGCAACAGGUACAGGGGAAAUGGAUUUGGACAAAAAAAUACAAGGGCAAUAUGAUUUACAUAGAUUGCAAAGCAAGACUAGCCAAGCCUACAAUGAUAGAGCGAAGCUCGACUUCAAAGGAAAACCAGCCAACCUCCCAGAAUUUGUUCUUCAGAACGAAUUAACACAAGCAGUUGCUCCAGAAUGUAUAGGGACAGCUCUGACUGGUAUCAAAGCCGCCAAACUGUCCACAAGGGUAAAAAACAAACAACUUUCAAAGCCUGUGUUGUCUCAGUCCAGAAUCCUCCAGAAAGCCAACAUGUCCCCUCCCUCAAGAACUUCUUUCACAAGUUCACCAUAUGAGGAUGACAAUGUGUUGCUGGCAAAUAAGGAAUGUAAGUACAUCAACCUGCUGCAUGAGGUGGUGGAGAAUCGGGGCCGGUGGACUCGGGAGCGAUGGAAACAGACACACCAGAGCUGUGCUUUUCUCCAGCCGCCCACCAAAUCCAAGUAG